AUGAAAUAAACAUAGGAGUAUAAUUAAAGAAAAUAAAUUGAUAGAGAAAUAAGAUGGACUAAAAACAUAACAUGACUAAUUGAAUCCAUUGUAAUAAAUCGCUGAAAAACAAAAUUGUCAAGGCAAGCUAGCUACUAAACUCCAAAAUUCUUGUGUAACCCUUAUUCUGUCUUCUUACGUCCAAAAUUUUUGAACAAGCAAAGAAAAGAAUUCCUCCCCCACAUUAUUAUAUAUACUCCACCUCCCCCUCUAUACUUUCUCCCUUCCUUCCCUCACUCCUUUACCUCUAACAUCACCCAUCUUUUUUUUCUCUCUCUAAUUUUCUCUUUCAUUUCAUUUUUAAUUAAAUGAAGCUAUUUGGUUAUACAAUAAGUAUCAUUUAUGUGAUUUUCUUCUCUUUGUCCGUUUUAGCAUUAUCUAUUGAGUCUUUGGGAAUAAACUACGGACAAGUUGGUAACAACCUACCCCCACCGUCGACAGUUUUAUCCCUAAUGACCUCAGUGAGGCUAACAAAGGCAAGAAUCUACGACACGAACCCACAAAUCUUAACGACGUUCGCCAACUCGGGGGUGGAACUUAUUGUAACCGUGGAGAAUGAAAAGUUAGCCACCCUUAUGAGCCCCCAAGCAGCCCUUCAAUGGGUGACUACUCGUAUUAAACCCUACUAUCCGGCUACGAAUAUCACCGGUAUAUCGGUUGGUAACGAAGUUUUUACGGACGAGGACACAUCCUUAACCAACUACGUUGUACCGGCAAUGGUUAGUGUACACGGUGCCUUAGCUCAACUCGGCCUCUCAAACAUCCAAGUAUUCUCCCCUACCUCAGCUGGAGUCCUAGCAGAGUCCUACCCGCCAUCAGCCGGAUCGUUCAAACCCGAAUUAACCGGGGUCAUCACCCAAUUUUUACGGUUCUUGCACAAUACUAAGUCACCCUUUUGGGUUAAUGCAUACCCAUAUUUCGCCUACAAGGACGAUCCAACCAAGAUCCAACUCGACUAUGUUUUAUUCAACCCAAACCCCGGCAUGAUGGACCCUAACACAAAUCUCCAUUACGACAACAUGCUAUACGCUCAAGUUGAUGCAGUCAUCUUCGCCAUGUGGCGACUAGGUUAUGGUGGGCUAGACGUACGAGUCUCCGAAACCGGGUGGCCGUCUAUGGGCGACCCGAAUGAAACAGGUGCCACUGUACAGAAUGCUGCAACAUACAACAAGAAUUUGUUAAAGAGGCAAAUGGCUAAUGAAGGAACUCCAAUAAGGCCUAAAAAUAGGCUUGAAGUUUAUGUUUUUGCUUUGUUCAAUGAAGAUAUGAAGCCUGGUCCCACCUCUGAAAGACAUUAUGGGUUAUUUCAACCAGAUUGUACAAUGGCUUAUAAUGUUGGUUUAUCCUCUUUGGCUGCUCAUGAUCAUACUUCUACACCUUCUACAUCAUCCAUUUCUUUGACAUCUUCUGCCUCAUCCAAGGCAACACGCAAAGGAUAUCAAUGCUUGGUCUAUUGGAUGUUUGUAUAUUUGCUGGGUUUUCAAGCUCUAAUGAGAAGACCAACAUAACUAGUUCAUCUUUGCUAGUUUAAGGCAAUACUAUGUAAAUAUUUAUCUUGUAACAAAUUCAUUGAUCGAUCAUAUAGGCCGUGUACCCGUGUACCAUAUUAGGUCAUAAAUUUACGAAUGAAAUUAGGAUGGCGAAUUUACAACAUACAACUUAGGGGCGUCGAAACAAGAAUUUAGAUUCAGGAUAUUAACAUUUGAAGAUGGCUCAUUUGACAAGAAGGUGGUACACAAAGUAUGUGAUGAUCAAGAGAUUACAAGAUAGUAUUUUCAGGAGAUUUGCAAAUUCAUUGGCUUCAAAAAGUUGGUUCUUUUCACCAACUUUUUUCAAGCUCAAGGGAAACAGCUUCAAGUCUUCAAGAUACAACCAAAAAUUGGAAGAAUACACCCCAUGUUCUUUUAAACCAUAACAACCCGAUUAUGAUGGGUGUCUUGCUUUGGAUAUGAAACUUUCAACUUCUAAAAACAGUCAAGCACCUUUACUUACUUUAUGAUGUCUCAUUUUUUUUCCUUAUCCAUAUUUCUUCUCCCCUAAAUUCUAUUUUAUUAUUCUUGUAUGAUGUGUGAUUCACCCCACAUUGAGUCACUAGUCAAACAACCAUACUACAUAGUUGACUUUCAAGUUACAUAUAUCUAUUCAGUCGGUCUAGUAUACAACAGGUGUAUGAAUAAAAUUAUUGAUAAUUAUUGAUGGGUUUAGUCAGUUUGAUUCUUGUAUAAGUUGGGUCUUUAUUGUAAUGUUGAUUAUUGACUUUUUUAAGAUUUGGAAAGACUAGACUUGUGUAUAUAUUAAAAUUAAAGUAGGGGUUAUGUAUUUAAGAUAGAGCUUAUAUGUAAUAUCUUUGCUUUUUUUAGGGGAUGGCAAAAGUAUAAUUAUUUUGCUCCGAAUGUAAUAUAUUAUUGUAUUGUAUAAAAUUAUGUUCAAUUAAAUAUAUAUAUAAAGGCAAU